CGCUUCCGCUCUUCCCGGGUCCAGUCUAUCCUGGCGGGGUCGCGGGGUCGGGAUGGCAGCUGGAGGCGAUCAUGGUUCGCCCGACAGCUACCGCUCACCUCUUGCCUCCCGCUAUGCCAGCCCGGAGAUGUGCUUCGUGUUUAGCGACAGGUAUAAAUUCCGGACAUGGCGGCAGCUGUGGCUGUGGCUGGCGGAGUCUGAGCAGACAUUGGGUUUGCCUAUCACAGAUGAACAAAUCCAGGAGAUGAAAUCAAACCUGGACAACAUCGACUUCAAGAUGGCAGCUGAGGAAGAGAAACGAUUACGACAUGAUGUGAUGGCUCACGUGCACACGUUUGGCCUUGCCAGAGUGAUCUCUCGGCUUGCCGACUUUGCUAAGGAACGAGCCAGUCUACCCACGUUAGGUUUCACACAUUUCCAGCCUGCACAGCUGACCACAGUGGGGAAACGUUGCUGUCUUUGGAUUCAGGAUCUUUGCAUGGAUCUCCAGAACUUGAAGCGUGUCCGGGAUGACCUGCGCUUCCGGGGAGUAAAGGGCACCACUGGCACUCAGGCCAGUUUCCUGCAGCUCUUUGAGGGAGAUGACCAUAAGGUAGAGCAGCUUGACAAGAUGGUGACAGAUAAGGCGGGAUUUAAGAGAGCUUUCAUCAUCACAGGGCAGACAUAUACACGAAAAGUGGAUAUUGAAGUACUGUCUGUGCUGGCUAGCUUGGGGGCGUCAGUACACAAGAUUUGCACCGACAUACGCCUCCUGGCAAACCUCAAGGAGAUGGAGGAACCCUUUGAAAAACAGCAGAUUGGCUCGAGUGCGAUGCCAUACAAGCGGAAUCCCAUGCGUUCAGAACGUUGCUGCAGUCUUGCCCGCCACCUGAUGACCCUUGUCAUGGACCCGCUACAGACAGCAUCUGUCCAGUGGUUUGAACGGACACUGGAUGAUAGUGCCAACCGACGGAUCUGUUUGGCCGAGGCAUUUCUUACUGCAGAUACUAUACUGAAUACGCUGCAGAACAUUUCUGAAGGAUUGGUAGUGUACCCCAAAGUAAUUGAACGGCGCAUUCGGCAAGAGCUGCCUUUCAUGGCCACAGAGAACAUCAUCAUGGCCAUGGUCAAAGCUGGAGGUAGCCGCCAGGAUUGCCAUGAGAAAAUCAGAGUGCUUUCUCAGCAGGCAGCUUCUGUGGUCAAGCAGGAAGGGGGUGACAAUGACCUCAUAGAGCGUAUCCAGGCUGAUGCCUACUUCAGUCCCAUUCACUCCCAGUUGGAUCGUUUACUGGAUCCUUCUUCUUUCACUGGUCGUGCCUCCCAGCAGGUGCAGAGAUUCUUAGAAGAGGAGGUGUAUCCCCUGUUAAAACCAUAUGAAAGUGUGAUGAAGGUGAAAGCAGAAUUAUGUCUCUAGAGUUGGAAGAGAAUUAAACGAAAAAUCAUUAAUUGCUGAGGCGUGAAAAUUGUGUUACUGUAAUGCCUUAUUUUACCUUGAGAAUUGUUACCUUAAAUUAAUACAGCACUUUCUUCUAUCCAUGGUCUUUCCCCUUUCUCAGUCUCACAUUUCUCAACAAUGCAGAAACAAAGAGCAUUGAAGUU